CUGGGUAUAAUUAACACAGUAAAUUUUGUUUUAUGCGAAAUGCGAAACCAUUUAUCGAUGGCUGCGCGCUAGUAAAGCUUACUAGUAGAAAUUUUUAUGGUAACGAUUGGUGUCAUUGCUUUUACGAGAGUUAACAAUCUUAUGCAUCUUUGUGCUCACGUACUAAAAUUUCUUUAAUCAUCCAGUAGUGACGUACAGCAGGCAAGAUAUACGGUCACACGAGCAGUAUAUAUUCGGAAAGAAUUAUUUGAAUAGAAAAAAAAUUUUUUAUGGAAACAGUUACAGGAGUUCGGACAAGCAUUUACGUGGGAUGAUGGUAAAUUAUGUGGGACGAUGAUAAAGUACGAUCCGUUGGUGUCCAUUUUCAUCCCCUGAAGUAACCCGCGUGGGUUUGGAAAAGAUUGAAAGGAAGAUGGGCAAGUUGACGAACGUUUGGAUAUUUGUGCUGUUCGUUUCUCACGUGAAAGGGGAGCCGUUCUACGGGGUCUAUUACAAGGAGCACGUACGGGAUCCUGAAUUGGGAAAGGAGAUGCUAAGGAAUUUGGCACGUAUCUUGCACCGUGUAAAAAAUUCAGCUGAAUUUGAUCCCUUAAAAUUGAGUGUUUGCUCGCUGACCGGUGGUUACGAAAUUGCGGAUUCGAUUACGAAAUAUCUUGGGAGACUAAAUCUUACUACUUAUCAAGCCGACAUUGAUAAUCUUUCUAGGACCAGUGCCAUUUUGAAGUAUGUCGGUGUAACAUGGAUAAUCGUGGUCGAUAAUUUUCAGAUACUUUAUCGGUACGUAGAGUCGAAGAAUUAUCUGUGGGAUCCUGCGAGUAAAUUCAUCAUCGUAUUUGUCGGCUACGAGAGUGAAAGUUUGCCGAAAUUAAUUUUCGAUUCUCUAUGGAGAAAAUAUAAGGCUUGUAAAGUCCUUGUAACUUUGGCCCAAGAGAACUUUCGGUGUUUAUACAAGUAUUCGCCCUUCGUGUUUUAUCACGAGGAAUACGGCACUGUGGAAAAAGUUUACUUGGACGCAUCCGAAGUACCCGAAGGACUUCUAGAAGGAUCGCAGGAAGAGACGAUGAAGGAUAUUGGUGAAUACAGUAAAAUAUUCAAGAUUGAAAAUCAGCCGGGUAAAUUGAUUGAGGAAUCAAUUUUGAAAUUUUCCUUGUUCGACCGAGAUACUUGUACAAAUAUUUACACCGUGGAAAACGGUACAGAUAAUUUGGAAGAUGGAUUUAAAAAUUGGACCUGUCAGGCUGGAAAUAAAAAUGUAAAAGUUUGGAAGGAUCCGUUGAGGAUUUUCGAGGAUUUUACUGAUUUGAAUAAUUAUCCAUUGAACGUGGCUGUUUUCAAUUCCCUUAUGAUGAACAUCAGUACGGAGAAGAAUGGGAAAUAUGUCUUCUCCGGGAUGGAUGCCGAAGCAUUGAGGUCCUUGAAGAAAUAUAUGAAUUCUCAGUUUCGCAUCAAGGUAAUCCCAAGCAAUUCCUCCCGCAACGAUCCCUUCUUGGAAGGGCUGCACAGGAUAGAAAACGGAAAUAUCGAUAUAUCGAUCACUGGCUAUUUUAUGAAGAAUUAUCAAGACAUGAACCAUUAUAAAUACACCGUAGCAGUUUUCGAAGAUAAACUGUGUCUCCUGGCGCCAUCUUCCGGACCGGUUCCGAAAUACGCAAUGCCGUUUACACCCUUCAGUCGCCCCUUGUGGUACCUUCUUCUUGCGUACAACGUGAUAGUCGCUGUCCUCUGGCACCUGGUGAAACAUUACGGCGGUGAAGUUAAUCAAGAAAAUCAUGAUGAUCCACUAAAUCCAAGAUGUCACUGGCAUAUGCCAAGAAUAUCAAGAGGAAAGAUAAUACUGUCAAAAUUACGUAAUGCUUUUAAAAACUGUCAAUCUGAACGUAUUAGAGAAAAUUAUAAUGGCAUGCAUCUCUUGACUUCCUACAGGAACAACCCCGAACGCCGAGCCUGGAAAAGAGAUCCGCUGCACAAGAUACAAACUGGGUCACACGUGUUUCCGCAGAUCGAAGAAGAUGAACUUGACAGAGUCGCAGGAAAAGAUAAAUUUGUCAAGCAGCCAGUCACACCUAACUUUUCAACCAACUUCAAGACACACGUUGCAGCUGAGAAAUUGCAAGACAAACGACACCAAACGGAACCACCUGAUAUUCAUGCCUGUUUAAAAAUAUUUGUCGACAUAUACAUAAAUAUCUUUUAUCCUUUGGAAGGUGGAAAAUCUUCAGCGCAGCGUUUUUUCCUCUGCAACGUCCUGCUGCUCAGUAUCGUCGUCGUUGGACUUUACCAAAGUUGUCUGGUAUCGACACUCAGCAAGCCAAUGAUGAGGAGGGAACUUCAUACUCUGGCAGACGUGGCUGAGACCGAUUUGACCAUAGUAACAAAGUAUGACAACCUCUUGGCGAGCACCUUCAGCGAGGACAGCCCCGUCAGUAAUAUACUUCGUAAGAAAAUGAAAACUCUACCGUCAAAUAUCCAUAGCAAGGACUACGUAGCCUUCAGCAGGAAGGCCAUUUCUCUGACUCGUUUGGCAACGUUGAAACUCGAGGAUUUGACAAGCUAUUACGACCAGGAGGGUAAUAAAUUGAUACACGUAGUAGAGGAAUAUCCUUCGCAUUAUAUGCUGGCAUACGUGGUGGGAAUUGUAUCACCUUACCUGGACAGGAUCGACGCGCUGCUCCUUAGAAUGAUACAGGCUGGUCUGUUUAACCAGUGGUGCGAGAACAUGAUUUAUCCAAUAAAAAUGAAGGAGAACAGAAUCAACGGAAAAAGGAAUACCAAGGAUAUCAAAUUAACCUUAAGUCACUACUCUCUUACGUUCCUUGUACUGCUUAUUGGAUUGUUUGGCUGCACUUUAGUUUUCCUUACGGAAUUGUAUAUCGCCAGGAAUUGGAAACGCAGUUCAGUCAAGGUAUUCCAUGGUAGAAAUUAAAUCUUGAGAGUGAGUCUGUCAACUAGAAUAGACUGUGGCAGUGCGUUGA